AUGGCGGCCCCAAGCGAAAUACAUACUGGCCUGCCCUUCCCGGAAGUCCUACGAGGCAAGAAAGUCCUCCUCGCAACCGAAUCCUUUGGCCCCGUCAACGGCGUCAGCAGAACAACUCUCAACCUCGUCACGUACCUCCGCUCCCAAGGCGUGAACGUCGCCGUCGUCGCCCCAGAAAUCAGUACCAGCAACUCUUCACCACCAAUCUCGUCAACCACCACGCCCAACAAUGAAAUCGAAAUCCGUCUCCAAGGCUACCCGCUCCCAUACAACCCCGAACUUUCAGUCGUGUACCCCGUCCGUCUCUCAGCUCUCUACAACCGCACCUUUGGCUCCCAGCCAGAUCUCAUCUACCUUGCCAGCCCGGCAAGUCUGGGUUUUCAGAUCCUGCUUCAACUCCGUCAACAGCAGCGACCUGUGCCUGUGCUCUUAAACUUUCAGACUGAUCUCUCAGGCUACUGUGAGAUCCUCUUCCCGUCUCCACUGGACGAUUGGGCUGUCUGGGUCUUCAGAUCCGUGCAGGGAUAUCUAUUCCGGCAUGCUUCUGUCAAGACUGUGUUUUAUCCUUCGGGGUUCGUGAGAAAGUAUCUAGAGAAAGCGGGAGUGCAGGGUACGAAGAUGAUGAAUCUGAGGAGGGGUGUUGAUUGUGUGAUGUUCAACCCUCAGAAACGAGAUCAGGAGAUGAGAAAACGACUUGCUCCGAAUGAAGAAUUCAUUCUCGUUUGUGUCUCGAGACUUGCUCCUGAGAAAGGCUUUGAAUUUUUGGCUGAGGCGGCUAAGAAAUUGGAUGAGCGGGGCUUGAAGUUCAAGCUGUUGAUUGUGGGCGGGAAUCGAAAUCCAAAAGUUGAGCAGGAUGUCAGAGAUUUGUUUGGAUAUCUAAACGACGAAGGGAAAGUUGUUUUCACAGGCUUCUUGAAAGGCGAAGAUCUCGCAAGAGCAUAUGCUGUCGGCGAUGUGUUUCUUCACUGCUCGAUCACUGAAACUUUCGGACUGGUCGUGCUGGAAUCUAUGGCGAGUGGUGUUCCUGUCAUUGCGAGGGAUGAAGGCGGCCCACGUGAGAUUGUUGAGGAUGGACGAUCAGGAUACUUGAUACCACCAAGCGACCUGAAUGGCUUCGUGGAGAAAGUGAUAAAGCUAGGGAAAGACCAAGAUUUGCGGGUGGAACUAGGCGUCGAAGCCAGGAAGAUGGCAGAGGAAGCAACGUGGGAGAAAAUCAACAAUCGAGUCGCUUGGAAGUUGGCUGAAUCUUUGGAUGACAGCCCAGCACCACCUGAGGUUCCGAGUUUCUCGAUCCCAAUUUAUAGUUGGCUUCUACUGAGUCCGGGAUUGAGAGGUUGGCUCGCCUCUUUCAUUGUCGAUGCAAGACUUGCUGGAGGAUUGGGUAUUAUUUUUGGUGUUUGGGUUGGAUUGGUUGUGACUUGGCUCUUAGUACAACUUUCAUUGCUGGUCAGGGCGAGAGCUCCUUGGAUGGUUGAAGCUUUUCGUGGGGUUUGA